AUGCCUGCCGGGGCGCCCGCCACCGCUAUCACGACAACCUCGACGACGCUUCAGAUCGGCAUCUCGGAGCGGCUGGGGACGUUUCUCGAGUUUAAUGGCACCAUCUGGGCCUCCAUCAUCGUGGCCUUUGUCUGGAGUUGGGACAUCACGCUGGUAACUUCUUCGCUCAUCUUGUACGAGAUUCUGGUGUUGUGCAUCAUCCUGCCGACGACGGUCAAGGGCCAGGCCGCCACGAUCGAGGCGGACACGCAUAGCACGGCAGUCGCGAGCGAGGCCCUCGGCGGAAUUCGCCACAUCAUGGCGUGUGGCGCGCAGUCCCGCAUCAUCGUCCGCUACGGACAGUGGGUUCAGGAAGCGCGAACUCGGGCACAAAAACUGGCUCCCAUCAUUGGCAUCCAGUUUGGCCUUGUGUUCUUUGGAAUCUUUGGCGCGUUUGGACUUGCCUUUUGGUACGGCAUGCAGCGAUACAUCAAGGGCACCCUUGACAAUCCGGGCACGGUCAUCAUCGUACUGACGUCCGUCAUGCUGAUCCUGACGUCUCUCGAGCGCAUCGCGACGCCUCUGAUGGCGCCCGAUAUCGAGGACGAGGAUAUCGUCUUUGAAGACGUUGUGUUUGAGUAUCCUAGCCGUCCGGGCGCGACCGUGUUGGAUUCUGCCAACCUUCGUAUCAAGAUUGGCCAAAACACGGCUCUCGUCGGUCCGUCUGGCUCCGGGAAGAGUACCAUUGUCGGCCUCCUGGAACGCUGGUACUCCCUGCAGGACCAGCCUUUACUACCCCUCAUUGUCGAGUCCAAACUCCCCGAGAAGAAGAAAAAGGACGGUUCCAACAAGAAAGGUGAGGAGCCCGGCAAGGAAGAAAGCCAGACAAAACCGCAGGAUGCAGAGCAAACUGCCGCAGCCGUCGACGCCAAACCAAAGCUUUCGGGAAGGGUCAUGGUCGGAGAGUACAACCUCGAAGACCUCGACAUCACUUGGUGGAGGGCCCAGAUCGGCCUUGUCCAACAGGAGCCCUUUUUGUUCAACGGCACCAUCUAUGCUAAUGUGGCCAACGGACUGAUUGGCACGGAAUGGGCCGAUCUCCCGGAAGAGAAGAAGCGAGAGAUGGUCGAAGAAGCCUGCCGAGAAGCCUACGCUCACGAGUUCAUCGACCGUCUUCCCGAGAAAUACGACACCCGAGUGGGCGACGGUGGUGCCAAGCUGUCCGGAGGCCAAAAGCAGCGCGUAGCCAUUGCCCGAGCCAUCAUCAAGAAUCCGCGCAUCAUGAUCCUCGACGAAGCCACGAGCGCCAUGGACACCCGCAGCGAGGGAAUCGUCCAGGCGGCGCUCGACCGCGUGACCAAGAACCGCACCACCAUCACCAUUGCCCACCGCCUGUCCACCAUUCGCAAGGCCGACCGGAUCGUCGUGAUGCAAAAGGGACGCGUUGUCGAGGAGGGCACGCACGAAGCCCUCAUGGAGAACUCGGAGGGCGUAUAUAGCGGCCUUGUCCACGCGCAGGCUCUCCGCUUGUCCGAUUCCUCUCACGAGGAGCCGCAAGUUACUUCCGUCGCCGAUGACUUCAAUCCCGAGGCAGAAAAGGCGGCUGCCUACGACAGCGAACCAGUGAUCGAGGUCAUCGCCGGUGAAGCCGAGGAGACGAAGAAGAAGAAACCCCGCAGCUUAGUCCAAGGCUUCGGCAAAGCUUUGUACAUGGAGCGCGCCCAAUGGCCCCUCUACGUCUUGAUCAUCCUCUCCGGCGCAGCCGUCGCCGCCGGAACCCCGAUUCAAGCGUGGCUGUUUUCCAAAGUCAUCGGCGUCUUCCUCCUUACGGGCGACGAACUCCGGAGGGAGGCCAAUUUCUGGAGCUUGAUGUGGCUGGCCCUCGCCGGCGGCGUAGGGCUCGCCUACCUCGCGGCCGGGUGGUCCAGCCUGCGUGCGCAAUACAACGUCAGCGCCGUCUACAAGCAGCGCUACUUCACCGCCAUGCUCUACCAAAAGGCCGCCUUUUUCGACGAGGAAGGAAACUCCCACGGAAGCCUCACCUCCCGCGUGAGCGGCGACGCCAAGCAACUCGAGGAGCUGCUCGGGCUGAAUCUUGCUUUCUUCGUGUCCGGCAUCUUCACCAUCGUGGGCUGCGUCAUCCUCUCCUUGUUUUACGGGUGGCAGCUCGGCCUCGUGGCGACUUUUGUGACGAUGCCCAUCAUGCUCGCGUCGGGAUAUUGGAAACUCCGCCAGGAAGUCCAGUUUGACGAGAUGAACGCCGAGGUAUUUCGGGAAAGCUCCCAGUUCGCCACCGAGGCCCUCGGCGCCAUCAGGACCGUAUCUGCGCUGACCAUGGAGUCCGCCAUUGAUGCGCGCUACCAGCGCCUCUUGGACGCGCACGUCAAUGAGGCCAUGCGCAAGGCACGCUGGAACUCGGUCCUCUUUGGCUUCGCCGCGAGUGCCGGUCUUGGGUGCCAGGCGCUCGUCUUUUGGUACGGCGGAAGGCUCCUCGCCAAUGGCUCGUACACGCUCGAAGCCUUCCUUGUGUGUUACCUGGCAGCCAUCCAAGGCGCCGAAGCAGCCGGCCAGUCCCUCGGAAUUGCCCCCAGCGCGGCCAAGGCCAAGAGCGCCGCCAACCGCAUCAUGGACCUCAUCGAGUCUUCCAACGCCUUGCAAGAGGAGCAGCGCGCGCUCAAGGGUAGAGUACCCGACGUAAAGGGUGGUGCGGAAAUCGAGUUGAAGAACGUACACUUCAAGUACCCUACACGCGAUGUUGACGUUUUCAAGGGCCUCAAUCUUCGCAUCGAAAAGGGUCAGUUCGCCGCCCUUGUGGGGCCCUCCGGUUGCGGCAAAACCACCAUCAUCUCCCUCCUUGAACGCUUCUACGACAUCGCACCUGGAGACGGCGAGAUUCUCUGUGACGGCACAAACAUCCAAGACUACGACAUCUUUGGCUACCGCGACACCCUGUCCCUCGUCUCGCAAGAGCCGACGCUCUUCCGCGGCAGCCUCCGCGAUAACAUCCUCAUCGGGGUAUCUGACCCGUCCUCCAUCUCCGAGGAAACCCUCCACGCCGUGUGCCGGUCUGCUUUCAUCCACGACUUUAUCAUCUCUCUUCCGGAAGGCUACGACACCGACGUCGGCACCAAGGGGCUUGCCAUGUCUGGCGGACAGAAGCAGCGCAUCGCCAUCGCCCGCGCGCUCAUCCGGAACCCCAAGGUCCUACUUCUUGACGAGGCCACUUCCGCGCUCGACUCCGAGUCUGAAAAGAUUGUGCAAGUCGCGCUGGAGAAGGCACGCGAGGGUCGGACAAUGGUGGCGGUGGCACAUAGGCUCUCGACGAUUCAGAACGCUGAUGUCAUUUUCGUGUUUGACGAGGGGCAGAUUGUCGAGAAAGGGACGCAUGACGAGCUAAUUCAAAGGAGGGGCGUGUAUUGGAGCAUGUGCCGAAACCAGGCUUUGGAUCAGUAG